AUGACGUCGCUGAUGGAUUGGAAUUUCGUACCAACGCAACACAACAUCGCCGACAUCCUGACGAAGUGGGGAAAGGAUCCGAACGUCCGACCUGACAGUCCGUGGGUCUGCUGCCCGAGGUUCAUCCACGAUCAACAAGUAAACUGGCCGAAGAAAAGCUUGCCCCCACCGAACACCACGGAGGAACUUCGCGUGCAUCUUCUUCUACACGACGUGAAGGUGGUGGACACCAUCGUGGAGGUGAACCACUUCUCAAGGUGGACGAUGUUGGUGAGGACCAUGGCGUGCGCUCACCGUUUCGUGUCGAACCUCAAGCGGAAAACGAAAGGGCUGCGUGCGACGAAGGCGCAGGCGAAGAUGCUGAGACCGACGACGGUACCGUCGGUUCGAGUUGCGUUGCAGCAAGACGAGUACAAGCAGGCGGAGGUGUACCUGCUGAAGAUGGUGCAGGCGGAGAGCUUCAUCGACGAGGUGAAAGUGCUGACCAGGAACAAGGAUCGUCCGGCGGAUCAGUGGCUCGCCCUCGAAAAGUCAAGUCCGCUGUACAAGCUGACUCCACUGGUCGACGAAGACGGCUUGCUGCGGAUGGAAGGGAGAACCGAGAACGCGGAGUUUCUGCCUUUCGAUCUGAGAUUCCCAGUGAUUCUACCGAAGGAUCACCACGUCACCCGGAUGAUUGUCCAGCACUACCAUCAGAAGUUCGGGCACGGAUACCGCGAGACGAUCAAGAACGAACUGCGCCAGAGAUUCUUCAUUCUGGGGGUCAACAAUCUAGUUCGACAAGUGGCGGCGGCGUGCGUCUGGUGCAAGGUGCACCGCAAUCAGCCGUUGGUGCCAAGGAUGGCGGCGCUUCCUGUGCAACGCAUCACACCGAAUCUUCGCCCGUUCAGCUACGUCGGGGUUGAUUACCUGGGUCCGCUCGACGUGUCAGUUGGACGCCGGUCCGAGAAGCGCUGGGUAGCGCUGUUCACAUGCUUCGUUACGCGCGCGGUGCAUCUGGAGGUGGCGUAUGGGCUGACGGCACAAACGUGUCUGAUGGCGAUUCGUCGUUUCAUCUGUCGUCGAGGCCCUCCGGUCGAAUUCUUCUCCGAUAACGGAACGAACUUUUGGGGCGCGAGCAAGGAGCUGGUGGAGACGGUGCGGAGCAUCGGGAACGACUGCGCCGAGGUGCUGACAACGUCGCGAACGAAGUGGACCUUCAACCUACCCGCUGCACCCCACAUGGGGGGUGUCUGGGAGCGUCUGGUCCGCUCUGUGAAGGAGGCGCUGGAGGCGUUGGACGACGGGCGGCGGCUGACGGACGAGAUUCUGGUGACCUGUCUGGCGGAGGCGGAGGACAUGAUAAACUCACGUCCGCUCACGUACGUGGCUCAAGAAUCGUCGCAGGCGGAGGCUCUCACACCAAAUCACUUCAUCCGAGGUGUUUCACCGAACGAACCCAACACGGUCCCGCCAUCCCCUCACCCUGCAGAAGCUCUACGUGACGCCUACAAGCGGUCGCAGCAGUUGGCAGAUGUGAUGUGGCAGCGCUGGAUCAAGGAGUACGUGCCGUCGGUGAAUCAACGCACGAAGUGGUUCGGUGAGUCGAGGCCGCUGAAGGCGGGUGACCUGGUGUACAUCGUCGACGGGAAGAACAGGAAGUCCUGGAUCCGCGGAGUGGUCGAAGAGCCGAUCGUGUCCGGCGACGGGAGGAUUCGCCAAGCAUGGGUGCGAACCAACAGCGGGCUGGUGAAGCGCGCGACAGCGAGGCUGGCCGUGCUGGAGAUCGAGGGUAAACCUGCUUCAGAAGCCUCGGAACCGGGUUUACGGGCCGGGGGAUGUUGA